AUGCCGCGCGUCACCCGUAAACAAAAGGACGGAGGCAAGCCCGACCACAAGAAGAAGACCUCUUCGGCAGGAGCAUCCCAGCGCAGUGGAUUUCGUGUCGGCCCAUCGCAUGCGCCAAAAGAUGCCUACCUCGGCAAGGCACGCAAGAUCAAGGCCGAAUUGAUUGAAAAGGCCAAGAUUAAGAAGCAGUAUGCUAAGGUUCUCCAGAAGGAGGGUCUGAGCAGCGGUCGUCUCGGCGACGGUUCGCGGAGGCGUGGCGAGCGUGACGCCGGCGAGGUCAAGAGCAAGACCAAGAACACCGCCAAGGGCAAGGGCAAGGCCGCCCCCUCUGGAAGCGACGAUGAGGGCAAGGCCGGCGGGGCAUUGGACGACUCGGACUAUGACUCGGACGACGACAUGCUCGGUGCUGAGGGUGCCGCGUUCGCCAAGGCCAUGCGCGCGGCCGCACGCGGACGCGCCGGCAGUGAGGAGCCUGCGCAGGAGCCCAAGCUGCACGGCGACGAGAAGCGGAUGGGCCGCGCUGGGCCUGCGCCUGGCGACAAGCCCCACCGCGAACGCGGAGGCAAGGGUGACCGUGACUUUGCUUCGCGGGGCAAGGGCAAGUUUAGCUCGGACCGCAACAACAACUCGAACCCGAACGACCGUCAAGGCGGACGCCGGCCAUUCAAGCGCGACGACGCACCGCACGCCGCCUCGGCUGCCCGUGCGCGCGGCGUGCUCUCCCCAGAGCCCACCGUGGCGCCCAAGGAGGGCUCCAUGCGCACACUGAAGAAGGAGGCGUUUGGCAAAUUCCAGCGCGCACCGACAGCCAAGACGAACGCGACGGGACGCAAGGGUCAGCCCAACAUGUCUGCGAGGAUGGACAUGUUGUUGGAGAAGAUUAGGAGGACCAAGUAA